GAAGAAAAAUGGAAGAAGGAAGACUGAGAGUGGUGAUAUGGGGGGUUACAGAAGGGUUUUUGGUGGGUUUUGCUUCCCUCCCUCACUCCCUUCCAAGCCAAUGCUCUGACAACACUAAUUCCAAAUGCGUCGCCGCCUUCCCUUCUUCUCCGGCCGCCUCCGCCAUCUACUUCUCCCCAAUACCACCAAUCCCCUGCGGCCAAUUUCAGUUUUUCCUAUCCUGCACCCGCCUCUCUCCUCCCCUCGUCGUUUCUCCUCUUCCACCCUCUCCAGAGACGAUGGCGUCUCCCUCUGCUGUCAGAUGUGGAUCGACAACUUCCGCCACCCCGACCGCGUCGUCACCUCCAUCUCCCCCCUCCUCCGCCGCUUCGACCUCUGGCUCCUCGCCUACCAGAAAGUCGCCACCGACGACACGGGCUCCUACGUCCCCCGCUCCUCCAUCUCCACCUCCACCCUCCAGGACCUCCUCGCCCUUCGCAACGCCGUCCUCGACGGAAAAUUCAAGUGGGGCGCCAGACUCAAGUUCUUCGUGAAAUCCCCGCGAGACAAAACCGACUACGAUUCCCUCUCCAAGCGCAAAAUCAAAACCAUCCUCACCACCACGCAGCCCUCACCCUUCCAGGACAAGAUCGUUCAGGAGGUUCUAUUGAUGAUCCUGGAACCAAUCUACGAGCCUCGCUUUUCCCCAAAGUCGUACGCUUUUAGACCGGGUAGAACACCGCACACUGUCUUAAGGGUCAUCAGAAGGAGCUUUGCUGGUUAUUUGUGGUAUAUAAAGGCUGAUUUUAGUGUUUUGUUAGAUGGGAUGAAAGUGGGGUUGGUGAUCAAUGCUGUCAUGAGGGAUGUUAGGGAUAAAUUGAUUGUUGAUUUGAUUAAAGACGCUCUGGUUACGCCGGUGGUUGUCACUACCCUGGAGAAAAAGGAGAAGAAGAAGAAGAGGAAGUAUCAGAAGAAGAGGGUGCUAGCCGAGGAUGAGCCUAAGCCUGAUCCUUAUUGGUUGGAUACCUUUUUUGGGUUUGCGCCCGAGGAGGCCGAGAGGGUUCCCAAUUGGGGGCAUUGUGGAGUGCUUAGUCCACUUUUGUCCAAUGUUUGUUUGGAUGAGUUGGAUAGGUGGAUGGAGGGGAAGAUUAAGGAGUUCUACGUUCCUUCCAAAAGUGAUGUUAUAUGGAAUAGUCCUGAAGAGGAGCAGGGGAACACUUCAUGGCCAGAGUUUGUGCCCACGAGUGGGCCGGAUAAGACUAGGAAGAUGGAUUUUGUUAGGUAUGGAGGGCAUGUCUUGAUUGGUGUUAGAGGGCCUAGGGCUGAUGCGGCUGUAUUGAGGAAGCAGUUGAUUGAGUUUUGUGAUCAGAGGUUUAUGCUCAAGCUUGAUAAUGAGAGCCUCCCUAUAGAGCAUAUAACAAAAGGGAUCAUGUUUUUGGACCAUGUGUUGUGUCGGAGGGUUGUGUAUCCAACUCUUAGGUACACUGCAACUGGUGGUAAGAUCAUAAGUGAGAAGGGAGUGGGGACGCUGUUGUCAGUGACGGCCAGCUUGAAACAGUGCAUUAAACAGUUUAGGAAGUUAAGCUUUCUCAAGGGGGAUAAGGAUCCUGAUCCCCAGCCUUGUUUUAGGAUGUUUCAUGCCACGCAGGCGCAUACCAAUGCUCAAAUGAACAAGUUUUUGUCAACCAUGGUUGAGUGGUACAGGUAUGCGGACAAUAGGAAGAAGAUUGUAAACUUCUGUUCUUAUAUCAUAAGAGGCUCCCUUGCUAAGCUGUAUGCUGCAAAAUACAAGCUUCGUUCGAGGGCAAAAGUGUACAAGAUAGGUGCUCGUAACUUGAGCCGCCCAUUGAAGGAGAAAAAAGGUCAGUCUCCUGAGUACCAGAAUUUGUUAAGGAUGGGUCUUGCUGAAUCAAUCGAUGGGCUCCAUUAUACAAGGCUGUCUCUUGUACCUGAGACAGAUUACUCUCUAUUCCCUAGUAACUGGAGGCCUGACCAUGAAAAGUUGUUGCUAGAAUACAUAAAACUGGAUGAUCCAAAGACUUUGGAGGAGCAACGGAGUUGCAUCAGUGAACAAGGUCUUGUUACACCUCAAGAUUAUAUUUCAAUGCUUGUGUGGAAUUACAAAAGGAAUUCUCUUGCUAUGGACCAGCUUUCCUUAGUAAGGAGCAACGAAAGUGUUGUAGAACAGCAUUCGCUAGUUGGCUCAAACCAGGAUGAUCAGGACAACAUAAACAAAGAGGAAGAAGAUGAUGGAAAGAUGAAUGCAGCACAAAUGUAACAAAAGGUUGAUAUUGUCUUUUCACCUUCUCACCAUGGAUGCUUUCCAAGAGAAAGGAUGCUAUAACUGGAGUGGAGGGCCCAUGCGUGCAGGCAUUCAACUUGGGCAAAAUAUUAUCGCUGCCACUCUGCUUGUGAACACUGGGCAAUGAGACGGAGGUAAAAGUUCACGCACUUCAAAAUGUGGAAAGCAAUUCCUUUCCUCGUGCUGUUCUAGAGUGCUUAUUUGUGAGUUCCCAGGAAGGAGUAUGCAGAUUUCUGUCGGAGGCUUAUAAAGUGUGUUCCUGGUGAGUGCAUAGGACAAAGCAAGGUGUGAAUUGCACUCCAGCUGGAUCAUUUCAAAUAUCACAUUAAUUUUGUAAAUGAGCUAUUUGUCCAUAUAUACUUGUCCCGAUUAUUUUUUAAUGUAUUGAGUAUAUCUGCAACUCUUAGUUCUUAACCACACAUUGAUUCGUGUUUCUUUUUUUCACUCUUUUCUGUUCGGGCCUUGAACGCAAGCUGUAAGAACACAUUGAAUGUUUGCAGUGUACUGGGAAGAAGCUCAUUGUUGUACAUUUUGAGUUUCUUAUUUUUAAAACAUUAUAAUUUAGUUUGUAAUUUUCUUUUUCA